AUGUCCGAACCCGAUCUGCACCGCGCCAUAUCCAUGAAACCGCACCCGUUCCACACGCACCCGGAUCGCAUAGAACGCACAUCAAGUCCCCACCACGCGCACCUCAGCGCCAGCAGCAGCAACAACAGCCCCAGCGCGCAACACGCCCACAGCCAUGCCGACGCUUCCACUCCGCGCAAAAACGACGCCAGCAGCACCGCCAUCGAAACCACCGCCCCAACACCCUCCCACGACCCCAUAGCCCGCCACAUCCGCCACCACCCCGACGUCUCAGACCUAGAAUCGCAAUCACCCCCCUCCUACACCCCCGACAAUGACCCCUACUCCCUCUCCUCCGCCAUAAAACCCGAAUCCGAACUCGCCCUCAUCCGCGCCAACACCUCGCGCAAACGCGAUGGCUGCGGUCCCAUCACCCUCAACAUGGCCGCGACGUCAGCGAAGAGGCUAGAGGAGUUUUACUCGGCCCAAAAUGAGAAUAUAGAGAGGUUGCUUAAGCCCGUGGCGGAGCAUAGGGCGGCGGCCAAGGAUGAGGAUACGGCGAAUCAUCUCAAGUAUAAGAUUGCGGUUAUUGGGAGUUUUGCGGCGAAUAUUAUACUGGCUGUGUUGCAGCUUUAUGCGGCGGUUAGUUCAAGGUCGUUGUCGCUGUUUACGACUAUGGCGGAUUCGCUGUUUGAUCCGUUGAGUAAUCUUACGCUGAUUAUGUGCAAUCGCGCUGUUGCGAGGGUUGAUGCGAGGAAGUUUCCCUCCGGGAAGGCGAGGAUUGAAACAGCGGGAAACCUGUCGUUCUGCGCGCUUAUGAUUACCGUUUCGGUGGUCAUUAUCGUCGAGUCUAUCCGCACAGUCGCCGAACACAACGGACCUGAGACGAACGACUUCUUCCUUCCGUCUGUCAUCGCCGUCAGUAUAGCAUUCGCGACAAAGUUCUCGCUAUUCCUGUACUGUUGGGCGUUGAGGAACAAUUACAGCCAAGUCCGCAUUCUGUGGGAGGAUCACAGGAACGAUCUCUUCAUCAACGGAUUCGGUGUCUUGACCAGUGUCGGUGGAUCAAAGUUGAAGUGGUGGUUGGACCCCAUGGGCGCGAUGAUACUUUCUGUUCUCAUCAUCUUCCUUUGGUCGAGGACGGCGUACUCGGAGUUCCAGCUCCUCAUUGGUGUGACGGCUGAUACUGCGAUGCUGCAGCAUAUUACUUAUAUCUCGAUGACACACUCCCCCACCAUCCUCCAAAUCGACACCGUACGCGCCUACCACAGUGGUCCACGUCUCAUCGUCGAAGUCGACAUCGUCAUGGACCCUGAAGCCACUCUACGUGCUACACAUGAUGUAGCCGAGGAACUUCAGAUCAAGCUGGAGAGUCUGCCUGAUGUAGAGAGGGCAUAUGUGCAUGUCGAUUACGAGACAGAUCACAGGCCUGAGCACUUCUUAAAGAAGGAGUUGUAA